UCAUUGGCAAAUCGUCAUUUUCAUUACGUCAUAAUUUUCUGCGAAAAAAUGAUUUUUGUGUUAUUCGAAUGAAUAUGGCGGUCGCAGAUGACGGACAGGUUGCCCUAGAUGAUUUGAACACAGAAUAUCCUGAUAUUUACUCAUUAAAUGAAAACAACCAAGAGGGACACCUGGCGCUUGAUUUUCUUCCCAAUGCAAACACACACACACUGUUUAAUUGGAAACUGAAUCAUCUGGAAGCUGCUAUAUACCUACAAGAGGGUGAGAACCACGAAAAGUUCUUCACGCAUCCUGCGAGCCAUUAUCAGGCCCUACAUGCGUACCAGAUUGCCCACAGCACAUGGUUGAACGUGCUGGACUUUGUGGCCGCCGUAGCCAUCCUGCUACUGGCAGCAUGUGAGAGACCCGCUGUAGAUCUGUUGAGGUUGCCUAUAUGGGCGCAUGGUUCACUGGAGAUCCUGAUGCUAGUUGUGCUUUCCCUGGAGCUGGGCAUAAAAAUGAAGUGGCUUGGCUGGCGUGUGUUCAUCAGGCAUCCAAGAACUAUCAUUAAGACAUCCAUGCUGCUGAUCAUGUUAGCAGAGGCAAUCACUGUGAUAUGCAGACAGACCAGUCAUUUUCGUAUAACUCGUGCAAUACGACCCAUAUUCCUUCUCAAUACACACUACGGCAGAGGAGUAAGGAGAAUUGCCAGACAUACGCUUCAGUCCCUGCCGUCCAUAUUUGACAUGCUGGUGCUUAUAGUGUUCAUUAUGCUCAUUUUCUCUAUCCUUGGUUUUUAUCUGUUUUCUACAAUCCCUGCAAACCCAUUUUUUGCAUCAUUGAAGGACAGUUUUGUUAGCUUGUUUGUUCUGCUGACAACUUCCAAUUUUCCAGAUGUUAUGCAUCCAGCUUAUGACGCAAACAGAUUUUUUGCACUUUUUUUCAUAACCUUCCUGGUUAUUGAGCUCUACUUUGUUAUGAACUUGUUUCUUGCUGUGUUGGAUGAAGCAUUCUCUGGGUUUGAGAAGGAGAAUUUUAAGGAGUUAUAUCUUCACAAACGAGAGGGCUGUAGACAGGCUUUUAAACUCUUGGUCACAAAAGAGGAUCCACAUUGCAUACAACUAGACUCGUUCAUGAGUUUGCUGUCGCAUUUCAGGCCAAAACUCAAAAGAAUAGAGGGCUAUCUAAUGUUUAAAGCAUUAAAUAAACAAAAGAAUGGAAAACUCAGUCUACAAGAGUUCUACAAGAUCUUCAACAUUUGUGAUUUAGCAUGGAAGCCAAAAAGUAUGGUGGAUAAACUAUGGUCAGCCGAUUUCUGCCCACCGUUUAACGCAUAUUUCGAGAAUCUGAAUAAGUUCAUAACUUGGAAAUGGUUUGAUAUAUUUGUAUACUUGAUGAUCUUUGCCAAUUUUAUCUCCAUGCUUGCUGAGACUAUUCAGGCGGACAUGCAGGAAGGACCCAACAGUCGAAACAACUUCACAAUUUCAAAUGUCUCCAUUGUUUUCAGUUGCUUAUACACCUUAGAAGUCUUCCUCAAAGUAAUGGGCAAAGGUCCUGUGAAAUAUUUUACAAACCCUUGGGACAUAUUUGACUUCCUGGUAACGAUGGCAAGUUUGGCUGACAUAAUUGGUAUGACUGUUGCAGACAGUUUCUACUUUAUCAUCAUCUUACGACCAUUUCGUUUGCUCAGGUUAUUCAAGAUCAAGAAGCGUUAUAGAGAUGUGCUGGGUACAUUCUUCAUGCUCAUUAGAAGACUCUCUGGCCUGGCGGUGUUGAUCAUUUGCUACUAUUAUUUCUUCGCCAUCAUCGCCAUGGAGAUGUUCAGGAACUCUGAUCUCACCAACUGCUGCAAGAACACAAGCGUGGAGCUGAACUAUCAACGCAGCAAUACCUCUCAAGGGUUCUACUACUUAAACAACUUCAACAACAUCUUUCUAUCUGGUGUUACAUUAUUUACGUUGACAGCGGAGAACAACUGGAAUAUAAAUAUGGAGGGCUAUGCCCAUAGUUACAGUGAAUGGACGCGAAUCUACUUCAUGACAUUCUACCUUGUGAUGAUGGUGGUCAUGGAUAUUGUCGUGGCAUUCGUAUUGGAAGUGUUCAUGUUUAGAAUUGAGUACAGAAGGACAAUGCACCUGGAAAAUAUUGAUGAUCACUUGAAGCUCAGUAGGGAUGUGCCACUAAGUGCAGAGGAGAAGGAGAUGUGUGAGACCGAGAACCAACCUCUCAACGAGAACCACAUUAUCAGUCAGCGUAACGCCACGGACAUUCAAACUCCGUACAUGUACCGAGGCCAGAGGAGUAGACGCAGGCAGGACCUCUGCUGCAAGAUGUACAAGGAUGAGUUGGAGGAGUGGAUUCAGAAAGAAAAGGAAGAGAAUCAAUAAGGAUCUGGACAUGCUACGAAGGCAAAGCACACGUCAAUCUGUGAAUAUGUUGGAAAACAGGCCCCUAUGAAUGUUUGGGCAAAUGCCUUAAUCUUGCCGUUAAAGAAGAAUGUCAUUAAAGUGGCUGUAUGUCAUAUCAGUAUCAUGUCUGAGACUUGCUGGGUACCUAGUGGUGGAAUGUGUUCUUUGUUUGGGGACAUGUGCAAAAGUGUUGCCAUUGUGUUUUGGUCUUGUGUAUGUUGUAACUGCAAGAUUUAUUUUUGUAAAAAAAUGCUGUGACUUGUUAUUUUUACAUGCAUAUUUUCAAAAUGUGUAUCAAGGAAAAGUCAGGAAAAAGUAUUGCCAUAAGCCAAAGAUUAUCUGUAUUUUAAUUAUAUUGUUCUUGUAAAUGACGUAAAUUUGAUACAUAGAAGUAUAAGUUAGCAAUAAAGUAUGAUCUCUUUUACUUUAAUAUACAUCAAAAUAUAUAUGCAAUAUUGAAUGUAACCAAAAAGUUUAUUGUACGCUUUGUUCUUUUCCCCAUGUUUCGUAUAAUAUAUAAACAUUCAUCUUGCUCAUUUUCAAUAUAUAAGUAAAAUUCAAUGUUACAUUUGUUAAUUUAAUUACAUUUCCCAUUUUUCAUUGGUCAUUUUUUUUACCUUAUUGUUACUAUAGACUUAGUUUGCAAAACUAUAGUUCUCUGGGACUAGAAUAUCCAGAUUUGUUAUAUUUGGUAUGUAACUUUGCAUAUUUGCCCUCUACCUUGUUUUAAUCAAAUCAUGAUCUUAGGGCAAAUAACUGACCACGCCCAAGGGGUCAAUUUAUUUAUAUAUAGACUUAUAUACUAGUAGCAAAAUAACAAUGCCCAUAGGUCGAAUGUUUGGUAUUUAAAAUCGAAUUGUGGUUCUCUACAAACUUAGUUAAGAAAACGCCCCAGUGGUCAAACUGGCCAAGUUCAAAGGGUCCAAUUUCUCAUGGUUACAAUUUGCUUUCUUUAACUACAUGGAGCGAGUGACAAGUUCUUGUUGUCAUUUAGUACAUUUUAUUACUGUUACAGAUAUUUUCCAUUUCUUGUGUUUAAUUGUUUUGUAAGUUAUUGUAAAAUGCUUUCAAAUAAGAUCAUUAUUUUUGUGAUUAUUUAAUAAAUGAUAAAUAUUAAAAUAAGUAAAAUAAAUUGAAUAUACAAAUGUAUGUUAUAUCACCCUGAAGUUAAUUAAAAGUAGACCAUAUGUUUUCAUAAUUAUUGAUAAUAUGUGUCGCGUUCUGAGAAAACUUGGCAUAAUGCAUGUGCGUGAAGUGUCAUCCCAGAUUAGCCUGUGCAGUCCGCACAGGCUAAUCAAGGACAACACUGUCCGCUUUUAUGACAUUUUUCGUUUAAAUGAAGUCUCCCAGCAAAAAUCCAGUUUAGGCAGAAAGUGUCGUCCCUGGUUAGCCUGUGCAGACUGCACAGGCUAAUCUGGGAUGACACUUUACGCACAUGCAUUAUGCACAGUUUUCUCAGAACGCGACUCAUAUGUUCCAGUAAUUUAUGUUAUUGGUAUUCAGCGCAAUAUGCAGUGCACAGUACUAAAACAAGAGUUCUUUUCUGAAUACUUUGCGAUUACUAUUUUUCCACUACUCACCUUUACACUAGUCAGUGGUUUCAAUUCUCUAAAAGUCUUAUUUGAAGCAUGGAUUUGAUCAACCUCUUUUUAACUGUUAAUUUAUGGUAAGUUUCAACCAAUUUGUUUUAGCUUGAUUGUAUCAAAAGCCUUGGGCUUAUUGAAACGCUUUUGAUUCCGUUUCCUGGUUAGAACCAGUGCUUGGUGUUUUGGUGGAAAUCUAAAGAACGCUUCCACAGGGGGGGAUCUAACCCUUGACCUUCCGGUCGCAAGGCGGACACUAUAUCCACAGCGACCUUGAAUAAUGUAUGGCUGAAUGCAUUUAACUUGUGAAACUUGCAGAUCAUUAGUUUGGUGCUAUUUAAAAAAAAAAUGUAAUCUGUUGGUUGUAUAUAAAACUAUGAGCAUACAUGUAUGCUUUUCAAUGCUAUUCAUUUAAAUGACUAAUUUCUAAUACUGUUAUGUCAUUAUGAAUGUUUUUAUUAUUCUUUCAGCAUUACCUGCGAAACCUAUGCACAUGUGUUAGUGCCUUAUAUCUGGAUGUAUUUUUUAUGCUUCCCCUAAAAAAAUUUGAGGGAGCAUAUAGUCGCUGCUUCGUCUGUCCGUCCGUAUGUGCGUCCGUCUGGAUUUUUGUCUGGGCUACUCCUCAGCAACUAAUGACUGGAAUUCAAUGAAACUUUAUGGGAAGCUUCACUACCAAGAGAAGAUGUGCAUUUUAUCAGCUGGUUCUGGUCGGAUGAUUUUUCAAAGAGUUAUGGCCCUUUGAAAUUUUCCAUUAACUGUACAUAUCGUGCAAUUCUUGUCGGGCUAUUUCUCCGCAACUAAUGACCGGAAUUCAAUGAAACUUUAUCGGAAGCUUCGCUACCAAGAGGAGAUGUGCAUAUUAUCAGCCGGUUCUGGUCGGAUGAUUUUUCACAGAGUUAUAGCCCUUUGAAAUUUUCCAUUGUACAUAUCGUGCAAUUCUUGUCUGAGCUAUUUCUCAGCAACUAAUGACCGGAAUUCAAUGAAACUUUAUGGGAAGCUUCGCUACCAAGAGGAGAUGUGCAUAUUAUCAGCCGGUUCUGAUCGGAUGAUUUUUUACAGAGUAAUGGCCCUUUGAUAUUUUCCAUUGUACAUAUAGUGCAAUUCUUGUCCGAGCUAUUUCUCAGCAACUUAUUACGGGAAUUCAAUGAAACUUAAUGGGAAGCUUCACUACCAACAGGAGUUGUGCAUAUUAUCAGCCGGUUAUGGUUUGAUGAUUUUUUACAGAGUUAUGGCCCCUUGAAAUUUUCUAAAAACUGUACAUAUAGUGAAAUUCUUGUCCGGGCUAUUUCUCCCCAAGUACUGACUGGAAUUCAAUGAAACUUUAUGGGAAGCUUAACUACCUUGAGGAGAUGCGCAUGUUAUUAGUGGGUUCUGGUUAGAUGAUUUAUUUAGAGAGUUAUGGCCCUUUGACAUUUUUAAGUUGCUAAACCAUCCAUCGUAUUAUUUUGUCCAAAGUUAUGCCCCACAAGAUGUUUCCUUUUAUCUGAAUAUAUAGUGCAAUAUUGUGACAAAAAAAACUUAAGGGAGCAGCACCUGUCUCCGACGGUUUCUUGUUAUUCAAUUGAAUUCAAUUUGCGUGUCUUUGUAAAUAUGUGUGUAUUUAAUUAAUAUAAGUUUUUUUGGGUGUAAACAAGUUGAAAAGUGGAUCUCAUCCAGCCUGUAAAUAUCAAUUAUUAAUAAAAUUGUUUCAUGUUUCAUAUUAAUAUAUCUAUAUGCAACGAUUUUCCAUGCACUGUUCACGCCUAGUAGACAUAUAUAUGUUCUCUUUUAAUUGUUAUUUAUGUUCUCUAUAAGUUGUAACUAAGACCAUGUUAUGUUUUUAACUCAAUAAAACUUUUCAAUUGUU